CAGGGGGGUCCCGCCGCUGCAUUGCACCGAGGGGCGCACGGAGUCCGGAGCGCGCCCGGCUGCUGCUCCCCCCCGCCGCCGCCCCACCAGCUCCGCUCCCCCGCGGGCCGCCCCGGCUGUGCCCCCAGAGGGGACGGGCGCGGUCCCGGGCGCCUCCAGCUCCGGGCCAAGGCAGAGCCCGGCUGCGCUGCGGGGUGUGGCGCGGGGCCCCCCAUCCCCGUGCGCCCUGCGCCUUGGCCGGCGCUGCUGCCUGGCUCUGCCCCGGGGGCUCCCCGAGCUAAACUGUACCGGGGAUCCCCGGCCCCGACCGGCCCGGCCCGGCCCCGAUCCGGCCGCCCUUCUCCCCGCGCUCCGUGCCCCUGGCCCCGGGCGCUCGGCCCAUGGCGCGGCUGCCCCUGGCCCUUUGGCUCGGGCUGGCGGCGCUCUCCCUGCAGGCCCCGCCGGGCGGCGAGCCGGGCCCCGAGCUGCCCCCGCUCCACUACGGCGACAACGUCAUUGACCUGCUGGAGGCGCUGAAUGUCACCCGCUCCGUCCAGGGCAUCAGCAGGGCCCCAGGUCCCGAGCCGGGCGCGCCGGCCUGGAAGUUCCGCCAGCGGGUGCCCCACCUGACGCUGCCCAGGGACUACGCCAUCUACCUGCUGGCCAGCUCCCAGGGCGCCUUGGGCUUCCACUUCGUGGCCAGGCAGAGCCAGGGCUCGGCGGGCACGCUCAUCUCCCUGGUGUCGCCGGCUGCUGCCGCGCGGGACGGGCGCCCACUGCUGCGGCUGGCAUCCAGCACCCACGCCAACCAGCUGCGCCUGGACUACCGCGCCGGGCCCAGCAUGGAGCCCGCCUCGCUGCUCUUCCCCGGAGGCAGCCCCUUCGCCCGGGGCCGCUGGGCCCGGCUGGCCCUCGACCUGCAGCCCCACCGCCUGGCGCUCUUCGUGGACUGCCGCCCAGCCGUGCUCCUGGAGAGGGGUGGCCUGCGGGAUGCACUCAGCCUGCUGCUGCCCCUCGACCUGCAGAUCACCUUCGCCAGCCUGCCCGGGGACGCCGCCAGCAAGUUCCUGGGCUAUUGGCAGACAGCUGAGAUCUCCCCCAGCGGAUUCCCGCGCCGGCCGUGGCACUGCGAGAACCUGGCAGACCCCUUCCCCAUGCCGUACACCCUGGCGGAGGAGGGGUACCUGGCCGAGCCCCCCUUUGAUCAAGGAUCCCCCCUGGCCCCGGAGCUGCCGGCCCUCGCCGACAUCCGCAACUACCAGCAGCAGCCCGGCGAGCCUGAGUUCCCCCCGGGGCUGGCGCGGCCCCAGCCGGACGCCCUGAAGGAGAGAGUGCAGCAGCUGGAGGAGGUGGUGGAUGGAUUCAGGGCCAUGUUGGACAUGGUCAAAGCGCAGAACUCGGAGCUGCUGACCCGCGUGAAGUCCCUGGAGCGCUGCGAGUGCCGGAGGCCGGCGUGCGUGUGGGAGGGGACGGGGCACGAGGACGGAACCACCUGGGACAAGGACGCCUGCACCACCUGCGUCUGCCUGCAGGGGGAGGUGCGGUGCUCGGCACGCCAGGACCGGCCCCAGUGCCUCGGCUGCAGCUAUGCGGGGCAGCUCUACAGCAACGGUGACACCUUUGCCAGGGAUGCCUGCACCACCUGCCACUGCCAGGCUGGGACCGUGCGGUGCCAGGAGACCGUGUGCCCGGAGCUCUCCUGCCUGGAGCGUGAGACCCCGUCUGGGGAGUGCUGCCCCACCUGUCGGCCAGGCUGUGAGUACGACGGGCAAAGGUACCAGGACGGAGACGUCUUCCUGGCCACAUAACCCUGCAUGAACUGCUCUUGCCUGGGAGACCCUGCGCUCCGGGGGCAGGGGUUUGUCCAGGGCCCCCACAGGGACGGGAAGUCCAGUGCUUCCGACUCGUCUGCCCGCAGCUGCACUGCGCCACCCAGGAGGAGAUGCCGGGGCCUGCUGCCGCCCGCUGCCAGGGCUGUGUGGAUGGAGCUGCCCAGCGGGCGCACGGUGAGGAGUGGGCGCCGCGCGCAGAUCCCUGCCAGAGCUGCCGUGCUUGGAGGGCCGCGCCGUGUGCAGGAAGAGGCGGUGUGCCAGGCUGUGCCGCCACCCUGCCAGCCCCCGGCCGGGCACCUGCUGCCCCGUCUGCGACGGCUGCUCGUUGGAUGGCCGGGAGUUUGCCAGCGGGGAGCCGGUGCCCAGCGGGGAGCCCUGCACCCAGUGUGCCUGCGCGAGAGGGAAUGUGUUGUGCAAACCCACCGCUUGCCCGCCUGCCCCUGCCCGGAGCCUGUCCUGAGACCUGGCGAGUGCUGCCCGCGGUGCCAGGACUGCCUCUAUGAUGCCCAGCCCGUCCCGGACGGCGCCACCUUCACCCCCCCGCAGGAGCCCUGCUUGAGCUGCCACUGCCAGGCCGGGGAGGUGUCGUGUGAGCGCCUGGAGAAGAGCUGCCCACCCGUGCCCUGCAGUCACCCUGGCACCGCCCAGGGCCAGUGCUGCCCAGCCUGCCAUGCGUGUGAGUACGAGGGGCGCCCUACCGGCACGGAGAGACCUUCACGCCCCCGGGCCGCGGGCCCUGCGUGCAGUGCACCUGCUCGGCUGGGCACGUACAGUGCCAGGAAGAGACGUGCCCCCCAUGCCCUGCGCCCAGCCCGUCCGGGACCCCAGCGCUGCUGCCCAUCUGCAAAGUGUGUAUGCUGGCCGACGAGGAGUUCGAGGAGGGGGUGCAGUGGAAGCCGGAUGGGGACCCCUGCACCUCCUGCACCUGCCUCGCCGGAGAGCCCAUCUGCAGGGCCCUGCCGUGCCCGCCCGUCGCCUGCCAGCCCCGCCCGGCUGAGUGGGGACUGCUGCCCGACCUGUGCCCAGUGCACCUACGACCAGCACCUCUAUGCCAACGGGCAGACCUUUGCCGACCCACACAGCCCCUGCCAGCGCUGCCAGUGCACGGACGGGACCGUUCAGUGCUCGCCCUCGUGCCCCCCGCCCAGCUGCCCCCGCCCGGAGAGCCAGCCUGGCCAGUGCUGCCCCACAUGUCGCGGCUGCAGCGUGGAGGGGGGCGUGGUGGAGGCGGGCGAGCGGUUCCCCAGCCCGUGGGACCCCUGCCAGCUGUGUGUCUGCACCGACGGGGUCGUCAGCUGCUCGGCGCGGGACUCCGGUGCCCUGUGCGCGCCCCUGCCCGGCUCCUGCUGCCAGACCAACUGCAACGGCUGCAGCUACGGGGGGAAGGAGUACCCCAACGGUGCCGAGUUCCCGCACCCCACGGACCGCUGCAAGCAAUGCCACUGCCUCAACGGCCAUGUGCAGUGUCUGUCGCGGCACUGCCCCCUGCUCUGCGCUGAGCCCUUCCUGGUGCCCGGCGGGUGCUGCCCCCAGUGCCCAGAGCCCCCGGCUGGCUGCCUCUCCGCGGGCGUCUCCUACCAGCACAUGCAGCGAUUCUACGACCCCUCGGACACCUGCCGCGUCUGCAUCUGUGCCAACGGGACCGUCACCUGCCAGCGCACAAGCCUUGCGCCCCCGCCCUCUGCGCCCACCCCCUGCGGCAGGACUGCUGCCUCCUCCUGUGACGCCCCCCGCUGGGCACCCACGGGCCACACUGGCCCCCCACUCCCAUUGAGCCCCCCGCUGGUGCCUCCUUGGACUUCCCUGGGCCACUUGAGGCCCCUGCUGGGGCCCCCAGCCUCUGUGUUCUGCGCCCACCCCCUGCGGCGGGACUGCUGCCACUCCUGUGACCGCUGCCUGUACCAGGGGAAGGAGCUGCCCAACGGGGAGCAGUUCCCGGACCCCGCGGAGCCGUGCCACGUCUGCACCUGCUGGGAGGGCAGCGUCUCCUGCCAGCCCAGGGCCUGCCCGCUGCUCCAGGUGCCCCUUCCCUGCCAGGGGCCGUGCUGCCAGGUCUGCGGAAAGGCUGCGAUACUUGGGCGAGGGUUACCUCGACGGCCAGGAGUUCCCGGACCCCCAGGACGCCUGCGGCCACUGUGCCUGCCUCCGCGGCUUCGUCACCUGCACCAAGACGCCCUGCGACCCACCGGGCUGCCGCCACCCCGCCAGCCCCCCAGGCCAGUGCUGCCCCGUGUGCCAGGGCUGCCACUUCCAGGGCCAGGACCUUGCGGACGGAGAGACCUUCCCGGCCCCCGCUGGCGGGUGCGAGCAGUGUCGCUGCCUGCAGGGAGAGGUGUUCUGCGGGCCCCUCCCCUGCCCUGGGGUGACGUGCCCCCACCCGGCCGUGGGCCCCUGCGACUGCCCCGUGUGCGACGGCUGCAGCUUCCACGGGCGACCGUGCAGCAACGGGGAGCGUUUCCCCGACCCUCACGACGCCUGCCACCUCUGCUCCUGCCUGGAUGGCAGCGUGACGUGUGUGCCCGCGCCGUGCUCCCCCGCCCCCUGCCGGAACCCGGUCGCCCUGCCCGGCCAGUGCUGCCCCCAGUGCUCCGGUGCCUGCCGCUACCAGGGCCACCUCUACGAGAGCGGGGCCACCUUCCACCCCCCGGGGGGGACCCCUGCUCCACCUGCACCUGCCUGGGCGGGGACGUGCUCUGCGUGAUGGCCCCGUGCCCCCCGCUGACGUGCACCCACCAGGUGAUAGAGCCCGGGGACUGCUGCCCCCGCUGCAAAGGCUGCAUGUACGAUGGGCAGGAGCACGCCGAUGGCACCAGCUGGUUCUCCUCCCCCUGCGUGUCCUGCCUGUGCACCCACGGCAUCGCCACCUGCGCCCAGAUCCGCUGCCUUGGCUCCUGCCUUCAGCCCGUCCAGGUGCCCGGAGAAUGCUGCCCACUGUGCGCAGACUGCAUGUUCAAGGGCCGGCCGUACAGCCCCGGGGAGAGCUUCCAGCCGUCGCUGGAUCCCUGCGAGAUCUGCACCUGUGAGCGGCUGGCGGUCGAGGGGCCACAUGUGCGCUGCUACCACAGGCAGUGCCCCAGCCUGGUCGGCUGCCCCAGGAGCCAGAUCCAGCCGCCCGGGCCGCACCACUGCUGCCCCACCUGUGCCCAGGCCUUGAGUAACUGCACGGCCGAGCUGGCCGGGAACGAGCUCCAGGCGGCUGACGACCCGUGUUACACCUGCCAGUGCAAGGAUCUCACCUGGGUGUGCAUGCACCAGGGCUGCCCACAGCUCAGCUGCCCCCCCGCCGAGCAGUUCACCCCCCAGGGCGCCUGCUGCCCUGUCUGCAACGAGUGCGUGAUAGAGGCUGGAGGGCGCCGGGUGUCGGAUGGCGAGAGCUGGAUGGACAGUGAGGACGACUGCAUCAGCUGCACCUGUCAUCGCGGCCACGUGGAGUGCCACGUCACGGUGUGUGAGCCCGUCGAGUGCCAGGGCGGCCUGCGGAGGGUGCGGAUGCCCGGCUCCUGCUGCUACAAGUGCCAAGACCCAGACAGCUCCUGCUCCUACCAGGGCCAGCGGCACCAGGCCAGCGAGCGCUGGCAAGUGGACACCUGUACAACCUGCACCUGCGUCUCCGGGGAGGUGCACUGCCAGAGCCAGCGCUGCCCCCCGGCCAUCUGCGCCACGGAUGAGACACCUGCCCUGACGCCAGGCAUGUGCUGCCCUCACUGCCUGCCCCGCCCCGCCACCUGCCUGGCCUUCGGCGACCCACACUACCGCACCUUCGACGGGCGCGUGCUGCACUUCCAGGGCACCUGUACCUACAUCCUGGCCCAGGACUGCCAGCGGGAGGACUUCAGCAUCCACGUGACCAACGACGACAGGGGGCGCCCGGGCGUGGCCUGGACCAAGGAGGUGACGGUGCGAGUCGGGGACACCGUGGUGCAGCUGCUGCAGGACUGGCUGGUCAGGGUGGAUGGCCAGGUGGUGACGCUGCCCUUCCUCAAGGAGCCCCACCUCUACGUCGAGCGCCAAACCAACACCGUCCUGCUCAACACCAACAUCGGGGUGAAGGUCCUGUGGAGCGGGCGCUCGCAGCUGGAGGUCAGCGUGCCCGGCACCUACAAGGGGCACACGUGCGGCCUGUGUGGCAACUUCGACGGCCACCCGCAGGACGACGCCCACCUGCGCUCGGGGCAGCUGGCCCGCUCCGAGGCUGCCUUCGGCAACAGCUGGAGGGUGCUGAGCGGUAACGGCACGGGCGGGCCGUGUGCCGACGGGCGGGAUGUGGAUCCCUGCAAGGAGGCCGGCUACCGCGCCCGCAAGGAGGCCAACGCCCGCUGCAAGGUGCUGAAGUCGGGGGCUUUUGAGCCCUGCCACCCGCUGGUGCCCCCGGAGCCCUUCUUCGCCGCCUGCGUCUACGACCUGUGUGCCUGCGGGGCCGGCGCCGAGCAAUGCCUGUGCGACAUGUUGGAGGCCUACGCCACCCUGUGCCGCCGGGCCGGGCUGGCGCUGCACUGGCGCUCGCCCACGCUCUGCGCCGUCGGCUGCCCCAAGGACCGGGGCUACGUGUUCGAUGAGUGUGGCCCACCCUGCCCCAAGACGUGUUACAACAAGGAUGCGCCGCUGGGGACCAUCGAGUCUCGCUGCUUCACACCCUGCGUGCCCGGGUGCCAGUGCCCCGCCGGGCGGGUCGAGCAUGAGGCCCACUGCGUCCUGCCCGAGGCCUGUCCCCGGGUCAUCUAUGGCAGCCUCUGAGCCCUGGGACACCCGCAC